AUGCGACGUAACAUUGACGACGACAUUGAUCUUUCGUUUCUGAAGACCCCAAAGGAAAAAACAAAAUUUCAGAAAUACAACGACGACGCGGAAAAGCUUUUAAACCAAAUGGAAAGGUGUAAAGUGUGGACGGACAUUCUUCAGAUGAUACAGAACUUCACAAAGUUAGUCAAUAACAACAAAAACUUCCCUGUUGUUCCAACCAAGCAAGUUUUCAUGCGACGAAUGGCCCAAGCGCUUGACCCUCAAAUACCGUCUGGAGUACACAAUCAAGUCUUAGACCUCUUCAAUUUACUCUUCGAAAGAAUAGGAAACGAUAGAUUGGAAGCAGAUCUAUGGUGCUUCACGCCCGGACUCUUUCCAUUAAUCCGAAGUGGGUCAACAGAAGUUAGAGUGAAGAUAUUAGAUUUAAUUAAAGACAAACUAUUAACAAUCAUAGGAUCUGUCCAAGCGGUGCAGAAGUCGUUUUUAAUUUCUGUUGUUGUUGGUGUUGAAGAAAACACUGGGGGAAUUAAAGAGAAGACAAUUACUAUCAUGGACUCCUUGAAAACUAUCAACGAAAAGUUCUUUUGGGAAACAUGUUGGGAAAUAUUAAGAGCUAAUGCCGUGACACGAAAACCAAUGAUGACGUAUAUGAACCUCAAACUCGAUACCCCUCUCGCGACGAAUCAAAUACCGAACCAGUCAUUGUUGUUUUACUCUGUUAUGAACGUCCUCUCUGACGACAAACAACUUGUGCUUAGAGAUAUGUUGGAUGUUUUGUGCACCAAAUUACGACUUGACUCUGGAGUAUUUUCUGAUGAGCAAUAUGUCCAAAUUGUUGAAAGAAUGCUGUUGCUCUUAAUUAAAAAAGACUCUGCGCUCUCCAGAAGAGUCAACUUCUAUUUACUUGGAAUGGACUCUAAGAGCCAAGACACGGAGAAAAAUACAUUGGUUGAAUUUUUCAAUAAAUACACAGCCAAAGUUAUUGAAAAGGCUAUUGGAGAGAUGUUCGCGUUUUUAAAGAAAGAGCGGACAAAUGAUAUAGUCUUGAUAUGUGAAGAGUUAUUAGGAAAACAGUGUAUAGCCGAGCACAUAUUCAAAACAGUCAUUGGGUCGAUGUUGGAGUUAUUACAAUUGUCACAAGAGGAAAACCGAAGAGAAGAUGGUGAAAAGGUCAUCGAGUUUCUUACCAACGUCGAGUGUACAAUUCUCUUUGAUUUUGUCUUGGAAAUACUUAAAAACAAAGUGGUUAGGUAUGGCGUUAAAAGAACGUUUUCUUUCAUCACAACAUACAAAGGCGAUGCAAAUAAGAUGGAAAAGUUCUCUGAUUUUUGCAUGCAAGUGCUGAUGACGUCUUUGGAGAAACUUGACAAUUUGAUUAAGACGAACUCGCCAAUAAAGGAGUUGAGCGAGUGCUUUGAGUUGAUUGAAUUUUGUCUUCGAGAGAGAAAGAGUGAAAUAGAGGAGAAAUGUGCAGAGGUAUUAAACAUCACCAUGUCUGUGGAUAAAGUCUUUACGCUAUUUAUCAAAGAGACUGUUAUAACAGACACCAUAUUCCCACAACCAAAGCAAGAACUGUUUGAUAGAUUCUGCACUAUAGUUAGAAUGCUGCAUGCUGAAAUAACGCCGUUCAAGAAAUAUCAAUACAGUGAACAGAACGAUGACGUGAAUGAAGAAGAAGCUGAAAAGAUGGGAAUAACAUCUGUUGAGAUGUUGAUGAGGAAAGAGGUCAAGCAGAAUGAAUGGAUUGAACAACUGAAAACCCUUGUACUCACACAUAAAUUACCAGUUGUGCAAGUUAAAGCUGCCAAAUGCUUCUAUGAGAUAUGGAAGAAGGAAGAGAGAGUCCCACUCAACAUGGACGAAGAGGAAUUUGUACUGAAAAUGUUUACGAUCUUGUUGGACGCCCUCGACGAAGAGAAUUCAAGUGUGUUGACCGAUAUAGUUUUGAUACUUCACACCGUCGGGUCUGCACACAAAGAACUCACUUACAAAUUUUUGAGCUCGACACUUGAAGACGGAGAUGAAGACAAACUUCUCAAGUAUACACUCUUCUGGAAGAAUUCGAGUGUUUUGGGAUAUGACAUACAAACAUCCGUCUUCAAUCGUGGGUUACUUUUAUUCUUGAGGCAAUGCGUGCAUAAAGUACAAGACCCGUUUUACCUUGAGUUCUUACAAACGACCUUAAAUGCGAAUAUGAUGGAUAGAAUGAUAUACCCAAUUUUAAUCCCCAUGUUGACUCCCGUCAAGAAAAGAAGUGAAAACGUUUUUGGGUUUGUCUGUGAUGACCAAUUGUGUCUUAUGCAUCUGAGUAUUUUAGACACCCUUUUUGGAUUCUCAAAUGUCAAAAUCGUCGAGGCGCUACAUCAACUUAAUAUCCCAUUUUACUUGAACGGAUUGUUGAAGGAAAUAAACCCAACAUUUGAACAAAUGAAAGAGCCUUCAAAUAUGUUGGACUUUGUGGUGUACACUUUGUUGAUAUACUUGAAAGGGAACAAAGAAGUCAUUGGCACCGAGAAAGUGUUUCCAUUCCAGUCACAAGCGACGGACGUCUUACUCACUUUAUUCACUGUAUACAAUGAAAACCAAUUAGUUAUCAAUGAGAGUGUUGAAGUGCAAUACACAUUGUUACUCUCUUUUGCUGAGAGUAUUACAACUUCCCCAAAACUCCAAUUACACUUAAUGUCGUUAAUUAAAACUGUGAUGAAGAUGUGUGAUGCGAACGAACCUGAAAAGUGCAUCACUCGAUUCACGUUGUUUUUACAAACGAUCAUCAGCGGAAUUUGCCAAGAAAGGUGUGUGUACAGAACACAUUUUGUCCGUCUUAUCGAAGAGUCUUUGUUGUUCUUCCCAACAAAAGAUUUCAAGACCACUUCCGUCUUGUUGAUCCAAGCAAUUUCUAAUGUUAUCUCGCAGACGUCGUGUUUCUCGGAACACUCGUUGUCACUCAAUGAAGAAAUAGAACCACUUGUAUAUUUACAGAAGAAGUUGUACGAGUUCAGUCUUCAACUUUUCCCGUAUAAGUCACCACUUGAAAACGCGGAGCAGAAUCAGUCGCAACGCACAAGUGCGGGACAACAAAUAGGAAACGCGAUGUUGUUUAUUCCAAUGUUGUUUGUCUCGGUGAUUACAGACACCGUGAAAGGAGGCAAAGAUAAGAAGAUGAAUAGUCUCGAGCCACACUUUUUGACGGCGACACUGAAGAGGACGAUUGUUGCAUUCCUCGAUAUGUUCUGCGCUGUUGGGAAGGUCAGCAAUACCCUCCCAUUACAGAGCAACAUUAUCUCAUUCUUGGAAGUACUUUUUGUGACAUUUCCAUUGGAUUUCAUGGGCGAGUAUUUGCUCACAUUUUCAAGUCAGGCUUUCCCUGCACAACACUCGAUUGUGUUCAGGUCUUUUAAACCGGAAAAUUUGGUAUCGGUGUUGUGGUCUGCGUUGAUACUAAGCCAAGGCGAUUUGUAUGAAGACAUUCAGCCACAGCGUAUUUUCGAGUUUAUCCAAUUCUUCAUUCAGACGGUAUUAACACCAAAUGAAGUGUUUAAGAUGCAGAUGUACAUUCAAUCACUUAUCGACACUCAUGUCAAUGACGAAAGGCUGACCAUUACGUCUGUUCACACGCUGAAGUUGUUCAUUGAAACAUUACAACAGAACGAGCCAAAAGCGCCGUUAAAAUUGGCUAAUGGAUGGCCAGAAAUCAUUUUGAAUGUUGUCAAAAGCUAUAUGGGGAUUGUCCAGAAAUGGAGAGUUGAUGGGAGUGCUUUCAAGCUACGAACAAGACAGAAGAGUACAACAUCGCAAAUCACUGUUUCUCCAACACCGACGUCUGGAGCAGCGUCGAGUGUACCAUCGAACCCAAAAGUGUCACAGUCAUCUUCGGAAGAUCACAGUUCAUUAUCAAAUGUCAAUUUGAGUGAUAACACAAUGACCAUUUCUGCGGACAUUUUAGAUGUUGUAACAAGUGAUAUCAUACCGAUUUUAGUUUCUGUGUUUGACGAAAACUUGUUGAGUACAUACAUCGACUUAGGCAAACAGUACGAGCACGUUUUAGCACAACCGGUUGCGGAUAUGGGUCUGAACGUGGCUUGUGUGAAUGUGUUGUGUGAGUUGGCGAGUCGAAACCAAUUAAUAGGUCGAUGGAACAAAUUAGUGAUUAACACGUUUUUGAGUGACGACUUCUUCAAUAAGUCCCCUGCACUUUUGAACAAGUGGAAGUUACCGAUAUUCAAUGCAUUGACUUCAAAUGCCAUGAAAGGGCUACAGGAUAUCUCCAACUCUAUUGUGAACAGACAGUUGUUUGCGAGUAAAGAGAGUGAAGCAAACUCAAGAGCAAAGAAUUUGAAGAGAAUUGCAUUUUUGAUAUUCAGCGGAGAGAAUGACGUUGUCGACGGUCUUAUGGAUCAAAAUCCUAAUUUGCUUGAUUCGAUCUUGGACGGGCUUGUCGACUGUAUUAAACAGUAUCCCGUGUCUGUGAUUUAUGUCAACGGGUUUUUGUUGCUGCGUGUGAUGUUCAUAAAGUGUUCCUUCACGAAAUUGAAGAAGAAGAUUCCGACGAUAUUGAACGAGUUGAUAACUAUUUUUAAUAUGCCAUUUGAAAAGGACGCGAUGACUGUUUUAAGCGGGUUACAGUUGUAUGAUAUGCUCCAGACUAUUCCAGAGUGCUUGACAGAUUCAUAUAGUUGGAUAUUUUUCCCACCACAUUCAUUUGAGGGUAUCACUCCAUCGAAGAAGAUCACCCCACUCAUCCCAAUACUUGCAUUAAAUGGAAAUGGAAGUGGCGAUGUCAAAGAACCAGACACAUCAUAUAGUGGUUUAAAAGAGAAGAGAGAACUCAUUUUUAAGGAAAAGAAGACUUUGGACGCUCAGGAGUUCCAACAACUCAGAACAAAGCUUCAAUUUUAUACAAGAGACUCUUUCAAUAUGACUUCAAGGUCUGAUCAAUGUGAUAUUGCUUCAGUACUCAGCGACUUGUUAGAAGCAUUUGCUGAGAAGUAA